UUCGUUCUAUCUAUAAAUUUUAAAUUUGAUUUGAUUUUAUUUUAUUUUAUUAUUAUGAUGAUAACCUGUAAAUUGAUUAGUACCGAUCAUUCGAUUCCUGAUCAGAUAAUCAAAGCCGGCCAAACAUUGAUUAUUGGUCGUAAUCAACAAUGUAAAAUUAAAAAUCUAUUUUGUUCAAGAAAUUAUUGUAAAAUUCAAUUAUUAUCGAAUGAAAAUAAAUUAUUGGUUGAAUAUUUAAAAGAUGAUCGUACUGUUCAAAUGAAAUCUGGUGAAUUUAUUAAUGGUCCUGGAUUUUCCUAUAGAAUUUGUAUGAUUCAUGAUUCAAAAAAUGCUUCAACAAUGGCCCAAGUAAUGAAUGAUGAAAUCUCAUGGACUGAAUUAGAAUCUGGUAAUGUUAUGAUUGGUUCACUAUUUGGUGGUUACGAUUGUAAAUCCGAUAAAAUUGCUGGAUUUGAUUUCGAUUUUACAUUGGUCUGUACGAAAACUGGAAAAUCAUUUCCCAGUGAUGAAAAUGAUUGGAAAUUAUUUGAUCCAAGACUUACAGGAUUCAUUCAAAAAUUGGUUGAACAACAAGGUUACCGGUUUGUUAUAUUCUCUAAUCAAUUGGGAAUAUCGAAAGGUAAAGUUACGGUGGAUAUGGUUCGAAAACGUUUCGAAAAUUCAAUGAAAGAUUUAUGUAUUGAACGAAUACCUUGUUUGAUUUUGGUGGCCACAAAAGAUGAUAUUUAUCGUAAACCAUGUAUUGGUCUUUGGAAUCAUCUUGUACGAAAUAUUCAACCAGAUGUAGAAAUUAAUUUGAAACAAAGUUUCUAUGUAGGUGAUGCAGCUGGCCGUUCAAAAAGUGCAUUGAAAAAAGCUGAUUUUAGUGCAUCGGAUCUUUUGUUUGCAAUGAAUAUUGGUGUGAAUUUUCUGACACCCGAACAAUUCCUCAUUCAUGUCGCCAAAUAUAAUGGAUUUGAUUAUCAACAAAAAUUCGAAUAUAGUUCCUCAUUACCAGAAAAAUGUUUCAAAGUUGAUGACAAAACGAAAGAAUCAAAUUUUUUGCUUACAAAUCGAUUAACUGGAGAGAAAAUUCCCAAUAUCGAAUCAAUAUUACCAACACGUGUUCAUUGUAUAAUAUUCUGUGGUAUAUCGGGAUCAGGAAAAACAACAUUUUAUGAAAAUUAUCUACAACCAUUAAAUUAUGUACAUGUAAAUUAUGAUCAACUAAAAACCAUACAAAAAUGUCAACAAUUGAUGAAAAAAUCAAUACAAGAACAACGUAAUAUUGUGAUCGAUAAUACAAAUAUUGAACGAAAAUCACGUCAACAAUGGAUUAAUCUAUGUAAAGAAAAUGGCUAUGAAUGGAUUAUUUUCCAUUUUGAACUUUCAUUGAAACAUAUUUUUCAUAAUAAUAAAUUUCGACAACUAACUGGUAUACAUAAAUCCGUACCAGAUGUUGUCAUUUAUUCGCAGAAUAAAAAAUUCGAAUCACUUCAAGAUGAUGAAUGUAAUCGACAAUUUAUUGUUAAUUUUAAUCAAAAAUUUUCACAACAUGAUCAUCAAAAAUUGUAUUCAAUGUAUUUAUUGGAAAAAUGAAAUGAAUUUUUGUGA